AACAUUGUCGAGAGUUUUGCCGGAAGUAGCUGCGUCCACGCGCCGCAAUGCACGCCGGGUGUUUUUGUCGGCCCGGCCGGGAGAGGCGAGAUGGCGGCUCCGGGCAGGAGGAGGCGGCUGAGGCUACGAGACCACGGCGGCUGCUCGCAGUGGCUGUGAGGAGCGAGCCAGCGAGCUAGGCUUGAGCAGAGAGAGAUCAAAAAUAUAUAAACAACACGCGGAGCAGAGAGCGGCGUCGCUGGUGGCGCUCUCGUGCCUUGCGAACACUCACAGCAGGAGCGACGAGGUUUGGCUCUUGCGAGGAAUCUAAUGACUGCUGCAGGGCCGUCUGCUGCUGGGGCCAUCCGAGCGACAGGCGCGCAGCCUCUCUGGCUUCUGAGAGUUGUUAGGGGCCUCUUCUCCCAACUCACCUGCUGGCACGUCAGCCCCAUGCGACCAGCAGGUUCUACGAAGUAGAGGAUUUGCCUCGCACACGAUGAGUGCUCUCAGGGAAAGUGCCGUGGAUCCCGGCCUCUCCGAGUCGCGCAAGCGCAAGUCCUCAUCCUCGUCGGAUCCACUCAAGACGAGUGCGAAAUGCACGGCGGAACAGCUACGUCGCGAGCAGGAAAACAAAUACAUCGAAGAGCUUGCAGAGCUCAUCUCGGCCAACAUCAGCGACAUCGACAACCUCAAUGUGAAGCCCGACAAGUGCGCUAUCCUCAAGGAGACCGUCAACCAGAUUCGCCAGAUCAAGCGGCAGGAGUUGGAAAAAGUCGUCCCUAGCAGUGAGGAGGUGCAGCAGUCCGAUGUGUCGUCCACUGGGAAAGGAGUGAUUGACAAACACAAGCUGGGACCUCUCCUACUCGAGGCCCUGGAUGGAUUCUUCUUCGUGGUCAACCGGGAAGGCAACAUUGUGUUUGUUUCGGAGAAUGUAAGUCAAUACUUGCACUACAAUCAGGAGGAGCUCAUGAACACCAGGGUCUACAACAUCCUGCACCUGGGAGACCACUCGGAGUUCAUCAGGAAUCUUUUGCCCAAAUCUCUAGUGAAUGGCGUGCCGUGGCCCAAUGACGUCACUCGCAGAAACUCGCACACCUUCAACUGCCGCAUGCUCGUGCGGCCCCCGGACGACUCUGACGACGAAGCAUCCAACUGCCAGGAGGCGCGGCAGAAGUACGAGACGAUGCAGUGCUUUGCCGUCUACCAGCCCAAGUCCAUUCUGGAGGAGGGAGAGGAUCUGCAGUCGUGUUUGAUUUGUGUGGCACGGCCUAUUCUGACCAAGGACAGAACGCAAUCCAAACCCACACAUGAAACAUUUACCACCAGGCAAGACCUCAGAGGGAACAUUGUGUUCAUUGACAAAAAUGCCGCGCAAGCGUACAUGAAGCCAGGCUGGGAGGAGGUGGUACGACGAUGUCUGCACACCUUUUGUCAGACCCGUGACAAUGAAAUGUCACUUGCCAGACGACACAACCAGGAAGUACUGAAGUCUGGCUUUGCUCACAGCCCCUUCUACAAGUUGAUGUUGGCAGAUGGUACAAUCAUCUCUGCCCAGACGAAGAGUCAGAUUCUGCGCAAUCCAGCCACCAACCAGCCACACUUUGUCGUGUCUAUGCAUACCGUCAUUCGGGAACAAGCGGACAUGACGGGUCACAGCAGUGCAAAUUCAAUGGCAGGCCCGGCCAUGAUGUCCCCAGCCACUCACAGGGACAUGGCCCAGCAGGGCGGAUCGGGACAACAGUGCCCUCCCUUUCUGGCAAACGCGAACCCCAUGGGGGAUCAGUUCCAGUUUUCUCGUGUUCCGCCCAUGGACCCAGCCAGGUUCGGUCCCGCCGGCAUGCAGGCUAACAGUGUCACACGCAACCUGGCCAGUCCUGGGAUGGGUGGAGCUGUUCACCAGCAACAGCAGCAACAAUAUCAACAACAGCAGCUUCAACAACAGCAGCAGCUUCAACAGAAGCAGCAGCUUCAACAGCAGCAGCUUCAACAGCAGCAACAGCAGAAACUUCAACAACAGCAGCAACUUCAACAACAGCAGCAACUUCAACAACAGCAGCAGCUUCAACUUCAGCAGCAGCAACUUCAGCAACAGCAACUUCAGCAACAGCAGCUUCAGCACCAGCAGCACCACCAUCAGGGCUUCCUGAUGUCACCGCACCACUGUGGCAGCCCUGUCAUGGUCGGUAGUCCUAGAAUGCCAACCGGAGGGCACUUCUCCCCGGGAUCCACCGCUCAGCAACACCCGAGCUCUAUGUCGCCAGCCACAAGCCACGGCUUUUCGGCGAGCUCUUCCUUGAACGCUCUUCAGGCCCUCAGCGAGGGUGCGUGCGUCCCCUCGGUUCUUUCUCCGCUGUCUUCCCCUCCACCCACUCCGGCCUCUGGUCAUGGCCACAGACUUCCGAGCAGUUCUGGACAAAACUCACCCGGGCAGCAGCAACACUUGUCCACGCCACAGACUUCUCCAGCACUGAGACUGCAGAUCAACCAGCAGAGCUCACCAGGCCAGCAGCAGAAGGUACCCAGCUCAUCCCAGCAGAGCCCUUCCAAUCAGCAGAGGGGCCCUGGCACCACCCAGUUCCCUCAGCAGAGCUCGCCAACUCCUCAGAGGAUGUCAAGCCCGGGCAUCUCGCAGAGGGUCAGCCACUCCCAGCAAAGUCCUUCGCCUGGUGGACAGAGGUUUGGCAACCCGCAGACAUCACCGGGCCAGCGAUCGGGGAACCCACAGAGCUCACCUAGUCAAAGACUAUCAAAAGCGCAGAAUUCCCCAGGGCCGUGGAUGGUGAACCCAGCCAGCCAGUGCUCCCCGGGGCAGCCAAGAAUACCCCCGUCACAGCGGAGGGGCAGCACGGAUGGGAGCAAAGACCCACCGUCGGGACACGUCGACCCUCCCGACGGCUCGUCAGAUAUGUCGGCGGACGGCAAAGGUGAGGCGCAAUCGGGCGACCCGGAUGAGCCGAGCCGGGCGUCGGACAGCAAGAAGCAUACGCAGCUGCUGCAGCUGCUAACUAACGGCGGCUCCGGUGGAGAGCUUGUGAGCACCACAUCGGCGGCUGGAGAUGCUAGCAAGGAGGCUCUGUUUGGGAUUACCUCGCCGACCACAGCAGCAUCCGCUGGCCUCCUGGCGAAUAUGAGUCAGAGUGCAGCGGCGGCGGGACAAUUCUGCCCAGCGGCGACGGCAUCCUCGACAUCUCUAUCCAGCAGCGCCGCCUCAUCUUUAAAGAAGGAGCGACACAAGAUACUCCACAAGCUGCUCCAGGACAGCAGUCCGCCCACGGAGCUGGGCGACAAGCGCGGCGGCGGUGGCGGUGUCGACAAGCCGCCCGCCGAACAGCAGGCCGGAGGCCUCUGCAGUAUCGGCUCGGCGGAGAGCGGCGUGAAGCAGGAGCCCGGCCUGACGUCCCCCACCACCACCACUGCUGCCGCUGCUUCCACACUCUCCGGUUCAACCCCCGGCGGCGGCGACGGCGACGCCAAAAAGAAGGACCACGACCACGUGCUCCUGCGGUACCUCUUGGACAAAGACGAGAAGGAGAUGGCUGAGGCCGGGGGUGCUGCGUCACCAUCCCAGCCGGCUCCAAAACAGUUUGGAAGCGAGCGGGAACAACUGGAGAGCAUUCUUCAAACGCUGGAGGACGCUGGGCUGCAGGUCCCCUUCUCGCGGACCGAGUGGGAGUCCGGGGAUGCCAGCAAAGCACCCGGUCUCACCGAUGCCUUCCCGAUGUCUGCAAACUCUCCCGGCUCGAGGAAAGUGGCACAAGGGUUAAUUGGGUCACCAGAGUUGGCAAAUGUUCGCCUUCCAUUUAGCCGAGGUUCCUCAAUGGAGCUGAAUUUGCCACCCCAUCGAGGCAAUGGGUCAGCUCACUUCUCAUCGGGCCAUGCCACCAUGUCAGCACAGGCAGCUCUGGCAUCAGCUGCAGGCGCGCUCGAUAACCGGAUGAUGCGUGCAGAGGACGCAUGGAGCCAACAGAGCCCCCCUGUGGCCGGCUCGAGCAGCCCCGCACUGCCCCAGCCUGGGCCGGCUUACAGCCCCUUGUCGGCCGGCAUCGUGAGGAACCCCACCCCUCCGCUGAUCAUGCGGCCCAGCAGCCAACCGACACCCAGAGCCAUCCUGCAGCAUCAGCAGCAGCAGCAUCAGCAGCAGCAGCAGCAGUCAAUCAUGAACAUUGGCCCGGUUGAUAUGGACAUGAGCAUGGGCAGUCCACAGUUCCCAGGUGCAUCCAUUGGAGGUGGUCCGCACAGCCCCUGGAUGGACAGUAUGAUGGGCAGCACUCCCCUUGCAAACCACAACAGCCAAGCAUUUGGUUCUCUGGACGAGCUGCUGUGCACGCCGGUUAGACCCGAGUCUCAGAACGACGAGAAGGCCCUCCUGGAGCAGCUGGACUCGCUGCUCAACAGCACGGAUGAGCAGGAGCUGGCGGAGCUCGAUAAGGCACUGGGCAUCGACAAGCUCGUGCAGAGUGGCACCCUGGCGUUCUCGCAGUCGCUGUUCGUGAGCCAAGAGCACGUGCUGCCAGUCGGCAUGAUGAUGGAGCAAAAGGUGAUGUACGGCCAACCGUACCCCGGCGGCCAAAUGCAAGGCCCCGGGCCCUCACCUGGCCUUUACGGCCAGGUUCCGGGGCAGCCCUGCGGCCCCUACGGCCCCAUGGGCUCGCAACGUGGCCUCUACCCUGCCCAGCAGCCGCUCCGCAUGGGCGCCGUGCCAACCAGGCAGGGCAUGGUGGCCAUGGUGAGGCCCCCGCGGGCGAUGGCAUCUGUACAGGCAGCACCGCCGCAGCCCAACCAGCUGCGGCUGCAGCUCCAGCAACGUCUGCAGGGCCAGCAGCAGAUCAUCAAUCAGAACCGGCAAGCGAUGAUGAGCCAAUACGGUGUUGCUGCAGCUAUGAACCCGGCAAUGAGGAAUGCUAUGCCCCCACAAUCAGGACAGGGAACGCUGAACGCCCAGAUGGUGGCCCAGCGGCGCCGCGAGCUGCUCAACCAGCAGCUGCGGCAGAAGCAGCUGAUGCAGCGCGCCAUGAUGCUGCGGCAGCAGGGCUUCGGUGCUCCUCCAGGCAGCAUAGCCGGCCCCGUCGGGAGCAUGGCGGGCAUGCAGGGGGGCAUGGGUGGCAUGGGCACGGGCGCUGGCGCCGUGGGGCCUGGCGCCAUCCCGAGCCACGUGGGAGCCCGCAUGCAGCAGCCCCCCAGCUCGCAGCAGUUUGCCUACUCCGCUGCGUACGCCGCGGCGGCGGCGGCAGCAGCGGCCGCGGCCGGCGCGGGGGGUGCCGGCGUGCCGGGUGCAGGGGGGGGGAUGCCUGGCAGCGUGGGGAACCCACAGCCGGUGCCACCGCCAUCCACGAGCCCCUUCCCUCCGCUGUCGCCGUCGGCCACGCCACAGGCGGGCGGUCACGGCGCUCUGAGAGGGGCGGCCGCGACGCAGGCAGCCCGCGGCAUGAUGGGAAACCCCGGCGGGCAGUACGCGCCCAUCGCCAGCCCACAGAUGAGCCAGAACGUGUUCCAAUUUCCUUCCACAGGAGUGGGUCAGCAAGCAGAGCCUGGCUUCGGAGUUUUGGGCAACCCUCACAGCCCACUGCUGUCCCCAGCCAUGAGCCCACUCGUCGCUCCCUCCCAGGGGGGCUCCCGCUACUCGCCAAACCCUGACAUGAACGCGUGGCCGCAGACGAUGGCACACAGCAUCAGUCCCAACGUCGCAGCCAACAUGAGGGCCAGCAUGGGAUCCGGCAUGGGCCAGAACAUGGUGCCAAACAUGGCACAGAGCAUAACGGCGAGCAUGGGGCAAAACAUGGGACCCGGCAUGUCGCACGGCAUGGGGCCCGGUGUGGGUCACGGCAUGGGGCCCGGUGUGGGUCACGGCAUGGGUGCUGGAAACAGCAUGGCUGGGGCCAUUGGCGCAGCGGCUCAGGGAGCCAUGGGCAGCAACAUGGUUGGCGGCAUGGGCUCCAGCAGGGGAGGUCCCUUCCGUCAAGCAUCACCGCAGCAGUUCAUGCAGCAACAGCAGCAACAGCAGCAGCAACAGCAGCAGCAACAGCAGCAGCAACAGCAGCAGCAACAGCAGCAGCAACAGCAGCAGCAACAGCAGCAGCAGCAGCAACAGCAGCAGCAGCAACAGCAGCAGGAAGGUGCCGGAAUCUACGUUGGCUCGGUGAGGGGUACUGUGCCAGGAGACUGCGGCACAUCAAGCGCAAGCAGCAUGGAGCAGCCACCCCCGCACAUCGGCACCUCGUCCAUGAGCAGCACAGCCUCGCUGCCUCCUGAGCAGGUUAUAGAUCGAGGUAUGCAAGCGUCCCCCUUAUUCAGAAACCGACUGGGAUCUUCUGACGCUAUGAAGUCUGGGAAUGAGAAUUCACAGCCAUUGCAGCAGGUGCAGGUGUUUGCGGAUGUGCAAUGCACGGUGAACGUGGUGGGCGGUGGCGGAGACUCUUACCUGGGUCAGGCAGGACCGCCGACACCGGGCCAGAAGCAGCAGCAGCAGCAGCAGCCUGGUGCAGGGAAUGUGACGGGGGCCCAGGCCGCUGCUCAGGCUCAAGGAUCCAGCCUCCUGCAGCAGCUUCUAACUGAGUAGCGUUCACCAGGUCCCGGGCCAUUGCGCGGCCAUCCCUGUUCUUAUAUGCGGAAUCCCAGCUUUGCAGGUUGUCUCAAUCGACUUCUCACUCGUAGUAUUUAUUUUCAAAGAUGACCCGGCUCUCACAUAUGACCAGUUGGAUCUUAAAAUGCCUUCAGAAGUGUUAUAUCUUUUACUCUGUAUGUUUGUCUUCAACUUCAGUGUGAUGGGACACGUGAUAUUAAACAAAAUGUACCUUUUUUUCUGACCCCAGACUGUAGCUAUAUGUGUAUAGAUUAUUUAACACAGUCUGGUUUAAGACUUUGUCAAAACCUAACGAGUACGUUUGUAGAAACUGAAGUUUGUGAACGAAUGCGAGGGCAAUUUGACAGGAACUGUAAAUAGACAUAAAACACACUUUCCAAUUAUGUACGUUACGAGAUCCCUGUAGCCACUGGCCAUAUAUGCAAGUGACGGGUGUUGACGAAUUUAAAACAGGAAGCAAGACACUUUAUAGCAGUGAGCUUUAAUGCCCUUAGAGGAGCUUCUGCUAGCUUGUGAUGUGUGACUGUUGGCAGUGCAGUAGUAACUUGUUAUUGUGAACAUGUUUUUUUUUGUAUAAUAUAUGGCAGUGGCUUACAUAGCUCAGAUAGAUGGUUGUAGUAGAAACAAAUCUAAAAACAGUUAUCACCAUGCCACAAUAGCCAUUGUGUUUCUACCUUUGUAUGGAGUAAUUGGGAUGUUACAAACACAAUUUUUUCUUAACUUUGUGAAUAAUCUGAACUCUUUAAAACUGGAGCUUGUUUGCUAAAAAAUGAUGUGUGUAAAAUGUUCAUGUCACCCAUGUGAGAAAUGCCACUCUUGGUUGUAAGCAAAAUAUCAUGUGACAGUGGCUUUUGAGAAGCUACCUUUUUUUAGUCUUACUGGCCUCAUGGCUUUAAACCUCAAGUUAAAAAAAACCUUAUUAUUUAAAUGUACUUCUGAAUACCCUUUUCGGAACAUAACACAUGUACGAUAGAGGCAGUAUGACACUUAUUUCUAACAAGGUACAUACUUUAAAAGUUUUGUAAAUUAUUGUUGUGCAUAAUACUUAAUGUUCUUAAAUAUGACACGUCAAGUAAGUAAACAAAUACGUAAUUUUGAAAAGAGCUGGAGGAAGUGGUGUACAAAUGAAAUCUGAAUCUUUUUCACGAAAGUGCGUCUGCAAAAAGUGGUUGCUUGUUUUGUGGAAUUUGGCCACAGCAGUGAAUAAAAAGAGUAACCAAACCGUAGCGAAUGGAGACUGGAGUUGAAACCGGCUGCUACCCUCCCUGAUAUAUGCAUUCACCUGAAGUGUGACUUACCGAGGCGUUUUGCCAGCAGAGACCGCCUUCUUGCUGUAGAAGAGAGAGACAAUUUACUACCUGAAACGAUGACAAGUUUUCCUCCUUUUUACAUACAGGUGUUUUUGCGUUUCUCUACGUAACUUUACAAUAUUUCUAAGAGUCUCAUGUAGGCAGUCACCCAAUGGCUGCAGCAUCCGGUGUCCUCGUGCAGGUCUAUGGAAAUACACAAUUAAAUUGUAUAGGAGUGAACGUUUAGUGUGUAUUUGCCUUCGGUUGUCAGUCUCAGUGCUAGCCUAAUUCGUCUUCAUUUCCUUGGCCAAUAUACUUAAGUAGAGAGACCAAUCCAACCUCUGGACUUUUAGUAACCGUAUAAAAACACUUGCACAUUUUCAUUGACAGAACCCGACAUAGGUCACUUGAACUGAACUCUGCCAAGCAGCCGUUCCUUUCUCCUACAAGGAGCAAUAUUGUGCUUAAGGAAGUGUGUUUCUCCAUGGGUUUCUAUUUACCGUGUUUUUAUAAUGGCGUGCGUGUUGUAGGAAAGGCCAUACCUAAAACCGAUGGGUACUCUUUUAUGAUGCGAUGCUUGUGGUCAAUUAAGCCUAGACAUCGGAGAGGUGCACACUGCCAUCAGUGCUGCCACGUGAACAGACGCAGCAGUGGGAUUGAUUGGUGCAGCUAUGUAGUGGAGCUUGGUGCGUUACAACUUUUGCAAUGACUCUGGAUCCUUACUUUCCAGGAAUCUUGCCAGUGAUAAUCAGUGGCCGAUACCCCAGUUUCCCCAUUGCCGUCACCAUGCCCUUACAUCUGCUUAGCGUUGCUCAAUAAUAAUAAUGACGCAGAUUCUGCAAUCACGGUAUCGGGUUGUAGAUUUUGUCAAGCCAGUCCGAAGUAAAACCAAAUUGUCUGCUUUUUAAUACAGAGUACAUGUCUAAGCCUGACCCUAGCAAAUAAUGCUCAUAAAAUUAUCACAAGACCAGUUUACUGUGGGAGUCAAUAUUGUAUGAUUGAAGAAAUAUACUACAAUCACUUUUAUAGAGCACGUAAAAAUAAUUUGCUUAAGCUUAUGGUUGCCAUUAUAAGCUUUUGUUGAUAAUAAUUUUAGAGCAUAAUAAGAUAUACAAAUAAGUUUGGAAGAUGUUAUGAAAACUCAAGCUGUGACUAUGCCAUCAGGUCCACAUUUUGUACCAUGUAACAAAUGACACUCAAGCAAUAAUUUUCAAUGUAGCUUAUACAAUCGGAUCCGUUUGUAAACUGUUUACCAAUCACAGGUUCAAAAUGUACGAGCUGCAACAGCUGUGCGAUAAAGUACGAUGUUUAAUUUAUUUUAGUUUUGUUUUUUGAAGACAGGGUUUAAACCUCAUGAGCAUAACUUUAUUCGUUGUUGUUUUUUACAUAGGUGCCCGCACAAGCGAUAAAUGUCCCUUUGUCCCAGAAACGCCUCGAAGGAUAGUUUCAACGCAAGGCUUUGCGAGGCAUACAAACUUGGCAUAUGCAUUGACAUUUUUGUUGUCCAAUGCCAGGUAACGUAGCUUGAGAUGAUGCCUUAGCUCAUUGAUAUAUCUUAGGUUUCAAAAGCCAUCGAUCGUAAACAUCCACUGUUAAACAUUACUUAAAUUGUGUUCGCAUCCCACACAGGUCCAGGUGGUGUAGAGCCACUGUGUAACUACAUAAGGGCAGCUAAGAUGAUUAUAUAUUUUUUUUCCUCGCAUUGUACUAACGCCAUCACUGGCAAAUUAAAAGGUAUUUCAUCUGAGGCUGUGGCAGUUGUUUCAAGAGUAGCAACAAGUUCAUUGGUCAUUAAGGUGCCGAUUUACUUGACCAGUUGGUGCUGGGCCCUUGAAUCCAAAAUCGUAAAGUUGCGUAUUUAAGUAGGUUAAGUAAAGAAUGUAUGUUUUUAAGGCAGCUUUAAACUCAACAAGCAUUCUCCUGAUUUGUACCAGGGCAAAAAAAAACUACCUUUACUAAACACUACAAUGCUGCUUUUAAAAAGGUAAUUUCAUCUUUUGAUUGAAAUUGAUGCGACUCUAAGGGGAGUGGUGGUGCAGCGGUUUGUGAAACUUUGUUAUGAACCCAUUGACCUGAGAUCGAUUCCCAGCCAAGGCUAACAUCAGAGGGGAAUUUGUAGAACCAGUCCUGCCCCCCCCCUGCCUUUACUGAACAGCGUGGUGAAUUAUGGUCAAGCAACUCCUAUGACAGCUGGGCACGGGGAGGCCUUCAUUGAUUGGUUGACGAAGCAUUGUGCACGAUUAUUCUUUUGGCUCUUACAGAAUGACUCAGUUUGUGACUUCUAUAAACUUUCAUGAAAAAAAUUACCAAAAUAAGUAAAGGCUUAGUCUGGUUCUGGAAUACGAAAGACAUUGCACAAUUGAACAGCCCCACAUUUUUUGUGUAAGAUCUGCAGAAUCUUGAGUCACAAAAUGUGUUUCCAGUUUCUUGCAUAACACACAUCCAAUUGUAUUAUAGAUUUUUUGCUUUUUGUAAUUUAUUUUUUACGAGGCUCCACUUUGUUCUAUUGAGCUGGCAUAAUGACGUCAUGUCACUUUGUAUACACUUAAGAAUGCAGAUGACAUUAAGGCACAAAGAAAUCACGUGAUGGCCGAUUGCAUUGCUGUGCAUUUGUUGUGCAGCAAUCGGUGAUGCGGGUAUUUUAAACCAGGUUCUUUACAGAUGCAAACCGACUGGUAAAGUGAACUGUCGCAGCGAUAGAGCACGAAAGGUCGACACUUGGGUGUCACUGACUGUAAACGUAUGAACAAAAUGAAACAGGUGUGAUUUCCGACUUAUGCUGUUGCCCUAAAGCUUCAUGUCUUAGCAGUGCAACGCACCUUUAUGCUGUGUUCAUCCGGGUAUUGAUUCAGUCGAUGCCCACGUUGAGAAUCUGUGUUUAUGCUAGAGUUAUAUAUAUAUAAAUAUAUAUCCAUGCUGAACAUUGCUAUUUAAACCUGUGGUUGCGUAGAAAUGAGAAUGGAGGAGUCCAACAUUUUAGUCCUUUUUUCGUGUUCUAGAAAGAAAAAAAAACUGACCGUCACUGGUCACCAGAAUGUGAAUUUUAUUUUGCAGCUAAGUUGUCGAAACUGACAAUUAUUGAUAAUACUGUAUUUAUCAUAUUUUAUGCUUUUUAUUUCCAUUGAUGUUUUAGUCAGAUGAGCAUUAAACUUCCUGCACCCUUCAAGAAGUCAUGUUGAGCAAUGCUACAUGCGUUUGGCUCCAUAGCAGUAAGUGAAUCGAAUCCUGCUAUAGUUUGUUGGUAGUGUUUCUGAGUUUUUUUUAUAUUUUAGAUAUCAUUGUUCUUUUUGUGUAAAAAAAAGCUAACUCGAAUGUGUACGAUUUAGACAAUGACUCGUUUAGACUAGUUUCACACAUUGUGUGCACGUGUUUAUGCUUUCCCCAACUGGUCUCCAAGAUUGUUUCUGUAUUGUGAAUUGAAAUGUUUUUUUUGAGUGAGGUGCAUUUGUAAGUUGACCUAAAUGUACAGGGUUAAUGUUGAAUAACGUUGCAUUAGUUUUGCAUCUUUUAAGCAAUAUGUUUGAAAAGAAGUCCCUUUUAAAGGUGGCGGACAGUGUUAGCUGUUUAGAUGUAUUCAGUUCAUCAACUUUUAUUUGUUUUGCCUGUGUUUAUUGUAGCCUAAGCAUAUUCUGACCAUAUUCAGAUUUAAGCAUCUAUCUCUGUUAAUCUAAUGGCCUUUGCUUAUAGAUUAUAUUUGCUAAUUUGCUGUAAAAUAUUGUAAAUAAACAGGCUAUCGGUUAA